GAAGUGCUUAAUAUCUUGCAGCAACCCCACCACCACCAUGGUUAAUGUGGGUCUCACCCGAGUGGAUGACGCUGUGGCAGCUAAACAUCCAGGCUUGCCAGGAUAUACUGCCUGCCAGUCACAAGCCUUUAUGAAGGGUGUUGUGACUUUCAUUACAGGCACAGGUGGAACGCUAUUGAUCCAGUCUAUGUUGGGGAAAAGGCUGCCUUAUCCUAUGCAGUGGAGAAUACUCAUAUCUGUGGUUACAGGGUCUAUUGCCAGCUAUGCAGUGACAAAGAGAGAAACUGAGAAGUGCUCCGAACUGUGGCUUUACCUGGAAACGGGACAGGCUUUGCAGUUACACAACAAAGGAGCACUGCAGACGUCCGAUACCGAUACAAACUCCAUUACAAAUAAGAACAAAUAUGGUGACAAGGUUGAAUAAUCCAUAUUCACCGAGCCUGGAAACCACUCUCAUCACUCCACUUGCAGCACAAAACAAUGAGUUCUUAUAUUUUAAUUUGUAUACCCCCUUCACAAAGAAGCCUAAUGUGCGUAAAGAAAUACAAGAAUGUCCUGUAAGAUACUUUGUUGGGGGUUGUUAUCGGAUGAUAAGGACACAUUACAUUUGAAUAUCUUUUUUUGCAUAGAGAUCGGUGAAGAGUACACAGUUACUAAUUGGCCAUCAUAUAAAAUGACUCGGCAAAUAGGGCAGCUGCCUGUCCCCAGAUAAAGGAGCAAUCAUAUUUUUCUACUAUGUUGUGUUGGUAUUGGCCAAAUUUAUAUUUAACUCUAAAUAUAUGUAUAUAAAUUAUGUUUUUCCUCUA